AUGGCUUCUUUUCGGCCAUAUCUUGUAUGGUUUGUGGCGAUACUUUUGGUAUCCAAGAGCGUAGAAGCAAGACAUAGAUUUCAUUCAUGGAGAAAAUAUAGUUACAAGUCAUCUCCAGAGUCGAUACCAAUGUCUGCACCUAAUUUUAACCAGUCACCGCGUCAACUAUCUCCAUCACCACAACCAUCAUCCUCGGAUUAUUACACUUCUAGUCCUGCAUCACCUUUAGGGUGGUUCUCUCCUCAACCAUCCCCAUGGCCUUCUCCUACUUACAACAAGUCUCCAAGUUCACCAACUUCAUCACCACUAUCACCAACUCCAUAUGAUAAAAGUUCACCGCCCUCACCUUCAAGAUGGGCUCCAUCCCCAUAUUACGAUUCAUGGGAACCAUCUCCUAGUUAUACGACAUUGUCUCCUCAAUCAUCGCCUGUACUUGCACCUUCUUACCCUAACCAAUCCCCACCAUCACCUAUAGAAUGGUUCUCUCCUCGACCUUCCCCAGCGCCUUCGUCCACUUACGACGACAAGAAUGCUCCAACUUCACCAACUACAUCGCCACUAUCACCAUCUCCAUAUGAUAAUAGUUCACCGCCCUCACCUUCAGGAUGGGCUCCAUCUCCAUCACGAGCACCAUAUCCUAAUGAUAAAGUAUCUCCUCAGUCAUCGGUUGUACCUAUACCUGUACCUUCGUAUUCUGAUAAGUAUUCACGACAACCUUCUCUAUCACCACUUCCAAAUUACUAUUAUAAAUCACCAUCUCCUCCAUAUAUUUACAACUCUCCACCACCUCCUCCCUAUUAUUACAUGUCCCCACCACCACCAUCACCCUCUCCUCCACCACCAUACUACUAUAAAUCUCCACCUCCACCUCCUCCAUCACCAUCACCCCCUCCUCCAUACGUCUACAAGUCACCACCCCCACCAUCGCCAUCCCCUCCUCCUUCGUAUUACUACAUGUCACCACCCCCACCAUCACCAUCACCAUCCCCUCCUCCUCCAUAUUAUUACAUGUCGCCAUCCCCACCAUCUCCUUCGCCUCCACCUCCUUACUACUACAACUACCCGCCGCCACCUCCAUCUUACUAA